AUGCAUUUUGUUCAGCCCUUGUUGACUCCUUCUGUUUGCUUCACCCCCACAGACAAACGUGUUGAUGAUUGGCCCUUGAUGCAGUCUCCGUUUCCAACACUGACUAUAAGCACUAUUUAUCUCCUCACUGUCUGGCUGGGCCCCAAAUGGAUGAAGACAAGAGAGCCCUUCCAGUUACGUUUCCUGUUGGUUGUUUACAACUUUGGAAUGGUUCUACUCAACUUCUUCAUUUUCAAAGAGCUGUUUUUGUCAUCAAGAGCUCGAGGGUACAGCUAUGUCUGCCAGACUGUGGAUUAUUCAGAUAAUGUUUAUGAAGUCAGGAUAGCUGCUGCUUUAUGGUGGUAUUAUGUCUCUAAAGGAAUCGAAUAUUUGGAUACAGUAUUCUUCAUCCUGAGGAAGAAAUUUAACCAAAUUAGUUUCCUUCAUGUCUAUCACCAUUUUACCAUGUUCACUUUGUGGUGGAUUGGUAUUAAGUGGGUUGCAGGUGGACAAGCUUUUUUCGGAGCUCAGAUGAAUGCAUUUAUUCAUGUCAUUAUGUACAUGUAUUAUGGAUUAGCUGCCUGUGGCCCUAAAUUUCAGAAAUACCUGUGGUGGAAACGAUACUUGACUAUAUUGCAAUUGGUGCAGUUCCAUGUGACUAUUGGCCACACAGCCUUGUCUAUUUAUAUUGAUUGUCCUUUCCCUAAAUGGAUGCACUGGGGUGUAAUUUUCUAUGCUGUCACCUUCAUUUUCCUGUUUGGUAACUUCUACUAUCGGACAUAUAAGAUGCCCAAGGAACCCAUAAAGAACGGCAAAAUAGCAAAUGGUGCUGUUGCAAAUGGAGUAAGCAAACCAGAAAAUAAUGCAGUGGUGGAAAAUGGAAAAAAGCAGAAAAAGGGAAAAGCAAAAGGAGAAUAACUUGAUCCAGGCCUUAACCGUUGUUGGCAGUGAGGAACCUCAAGUUUGGUUUAUAAACAGAAGAAAAACACUAUCUGUACCAAUUAACCUUAGGUUACUGAAGAGCUAGAACACAGAUAUUUUCAUUAUUUAUGAAGAUUGUUUUAAGAACAACACUAAAGUUGAAUUUCUAUUGUAAUCAUGUCAUUACCAUGUAUAUGGUCUCUGUAAACUUGUAGACUGCUGGUGAUGGUGAAUGUAAGGAAGAACUGCAGUUGAUUCCAUGUUUAGCAGUCCAGAAGUUAAUACUACCAUUGAUACAGGCAGUUUCAUUGACACCCACAAUUCUUUGGGGAAGGGAGGGGAAGGAAGUAGCAUUUGGAUACCUGUGUUUUCUUUCCAGAAAAUUAUUAAAUUUCAACUCAUGAU